CUGUAUAAGUUCAGUAGCACGCGGCUGGUCAACACCAACAGAGUUUCAGACCUGCAGAUGCGCGGAAGGACGAGAAGGAAACACACCUGUUUCUUUGCGUCCGAUUAUUGUUAAAAACCCCUCGCGCUGUAUCGUUAAAUCACGUAUACCGUUAUAUCUGCGGUCGGGCCGUCGUAAAGAUGCGCGCGCUCUCCGUUAUUGUUUUGUUCGCGUUUAUCGGCGGGUCCGCGGCCGAUACUCCUGCAAACUGCACCUAUGAGGACCUGCUGGGCACCUGGAUCUUCAGUGUGUCUGAUGUGGGACAGGAUCGGACCAUCGACUGCUCCAGCACAGGGAAGCCGGUGUCAACAGUGACUGUGGACCUGCAGAAGUUGUUUCUAGCUGUGGAUGAUCUGGGACACACUGGCUUCUUCACACUCAUCUAUAACCAGGGGUUUGAAGUGGUGAUCAAUGACUACAAAUGGUUCGGGUUUUUCAAGUACACCCAGCAGGGUUCAGAGGUGACCAGUUACUGCGAUCAGACGCUGCCCGGUUGGGCUCAUGAUGUUUUGGGGAAUAACUGGGCCUGUUUUACUGGGAAGAAGGUGCAGCCCAUCCCGCCCCGAAUCGACCACAAUCACAUGCUUGGAUUCGAUCACCAACUGCUCAUGAAGUUGCCUUACACAAACAACAUGGAGUUUGUGGAUCAGAUAAACUCCGUCCAGAGCCUCUGGAAAGCCACGACUUACAGUCUCCAUGAGACCUUCACUAUACAGGAGAUGCUGAGAAGAUCAGGAGGACGUGCCUCUAAGAUCCCAAGACGUGUCAGGCCUAUGACCGUUGCUGCAGACCAGAAGAUGGCAGCUGGUCUUCCAGAAAAAUGGGACUGGAGAAAUGUGAACGGACUUAGUUAUGUCAGCCCUGUCCGCAACCAAGCUCAAUGCGGCAGCUGUUACUCUUUUGCCACUAUGGGAAUGCUUGAAGCACGAGUCCGAAUCCAGACCAACAACACCCAGCAGCCAGUGUUCAGUCCUCAGCAAGUGGUGUCCUGCUCCCAGUAUUCUCAAGGUUGUGAUGGAGGUUUUCCAUACCUGAUUGGUAAAUACAUCCAGGACUUCGGCAUUGUGGAGGAAAACUGUUUCCCGUACACCGGAGACGAUUCUCCCUGCAAAGUCCCUGAGAAAUGCACGCGUUACUAUGCCUCCGACUAUCACUACGUGGGUGGUUUUUACGGGGGAUGCAGCGAGGAGGCCAUGAUGCUGGAGCUGGUCAAGAACGGACCCAUUGGAGUGGCACUGGAGGUGUACCCCGAUUUCAUGAACUAUAAAGAGGGCAUCUACCAUCACACCUUCCUCCGCGACUCCAACAAUCCCUUUGAGCUGACCAAUCAUGCCGUGUUGUUGGUGGGGUAUGGGAAGUGCCAUAAGACCGGGGAGAAAUACUGGAUCGUGAAGAACAGCUGGGGAUCCAACUGGGGCGAGAACGGGUUUUUCAGGAUCCGUCGUGGAGUGGAUGAGUGUGCCAUUGAGAGCAUUGCUGUAGCUACUACGCCAAUCUCCAAACUUUAAGAGUGUGUGGAUGAAUUGGUCAGUUGUAACACAGUCCGUCAUGUUUCAGGGCAUUUUUAUAAUCGCAAUUCUGCAGCCUAAAAAAAAAGGGAAAACGGCAACGAAGUUAAAACAAAAAAGCACCAAGUUGUUUCUUUCUCCAUGACCUCCACUUGAUUGGUUUGGUGAUGAAAGAAGCAAUGUAGAAUGGUAACCUCACUGAAAGUUGUAAUUCAACUUUCUCUUUCAGAUUCCUUUUAGUAGCAAACGGUGUGAAAUUACAAAAUCCGAUAGACUUGAUUCGGUCUCAUUUCUCAAACAUGUUAAUCCAACUUCAGCCUGCUUCAAAGCGUUUUUUUUUUUUUUGCUUCAAGGUUCUCCUCUUUGGUCUGGCUCCAUGUGACCGUUAACGUCAGCUCUGUCGCUGGCCUCUGGGGAAGUUGUUCAUUUAUGCCUUUUACAGUCUCUUCUCUCGCCAGGCGUCCUUUUACAUAACAAUUGUGGAGCCACUCGGUUUCCAUCCCUUCAACUCGAAGCAUCUUGCUCAGAUCCACAUGAGAAUGACUCUUCGAGUUUGAAAACCCCCCCAGAUGCCAUCUUCCUCUUUUCCUCUGAGCCGCCUGCAUGCCUGGAAAAACUCUCGCUAUGAUUCAGUCUGUCAUGUUUUUGUCUUGGGUCACCUGUGUUUCCAAUUGUUGAUGUCAGCCGAAAACAACCCUGUCUAGAGUCUAGUUAUGGCUUUAAAGUUUGCUUAAUCUAAAGGCAAGACCUGUUUUGUUGCAACUGACCUGCUUGGAGAAAGAGGCCUUUUUUUUUUCUUUUUUUUUUUGUUCUUUUAGCGUGGAUUUCCUCAAUUGCUGGAUCUGUGCUAGUGGAAGUUGGAUGUCUUCAGGUGCUGUCACAAGCCUCAACUGCUUAAAGUGUGUUUUUAGAAAAAAAAAAGGGAUUUUCGUUGAUCCAUGAGAGCUCUGAAUGUCACAUUUGCACUUUUGCACCACUGUUUUAAUUGGACGAGGUCAUUUUGUAUUCAGAGAAAAUCAAGUUGGCAAUUGUCCUCGGCAAAAUCCAUAUUUCUGAUUUAAUGAACAAUCACUCGAAUAGCAAUAGACUAAAGGGAUGUGCAUUAUACUUCGAGUCCUGUCAGGUUAUUCGCCAAAAGACAAGCUGCUCAGGACUAUUUUAAUACUUUGCCUUUGCAUCCGUGUCUGUUUCAUGAUCUUUAAUAAAGUUUCUUUUAAUGAUA